AUGAAUGUUAAAGUGGUUACAGCAAUUUUGAUUCUUGCCAUUCUAACAAUUUUAGCUUUGGUGCUGAUCAUUGUGUUUGAUCCAAAACCCAAAUCCUGCAGUUUGGCAAAUGAAAAAGUUUUGCUCCUAAAGCACCAUGACAAGAGUUUGAUUUUUGCGGAUCUCACACCUGAAGAAAUUGAUGAAGUGGUCAGCUAUUUAAAGAAAACUCUCCAAGAAAAUCUAGUGGACAUUUCUGAGGCUGAACCUGCUUCCAACUGCAUAUAUUCAGUGGAGCUUCUACCACCAACAAAACAAGAUGCCUUACUGUAUUUAGAUAAGGGAGGACCCAAACCCAGAAGAGAAGCAUUGGUAGUAGUUUAUUUUGGAAGCCAUCAAGAACCAGAAAUUAAAGAGUAUGCAGUGGGACCCCUUCCAAAACCAACCAAUUUUAAUGAUAUUACUGCCAAAAAAUACAAAGGCAAACUUCCUUACCAUCGUAGACCUGUAAUUGGCAAUGAAUACACUCAGAUAAGAAACUUUUUAUAUGCCAAGGAGUUUCCCAAAGCAAAAAGUUUCCUCAAAGAAGUGUUUGGCCAUAAUGAGUCUGAUAUUGAAUACUUCAUUGGUUUGACCAGUGCUCCAAGAGGAUUACGAUCUGGAGACCGAAGCACCUGGUUUGCUCUUUUCUAUAACACCCGGGGCAGUGGCUAUUUCCUACACCCAAUUGGAUUAGAGCUAUUGGUAAACCACAAACACUUUGAUAAAAAGAAGUGGACAGUGGAUAAAGUAUUUUAUAAUGGUCAGUAUUUUGACACAUUGGCUGAUUUGGAAAAACAGUACAAUGCUGGAGGAAUUACUGUGAUUAAGAUUAAAAAUGUAACUCCAGACAAUGACAUUGGCUCUAUGAAUCCUAAAACCAAUCCUAAACCUGGAGCACCUUUGCAGUUUGACCCAACUGGCAAACGGUAUACUGUUAAAGACAACCAGGUAUCCUUCCAGUCUUGGGACUUUUCAUUUGGUCUAAAUGUGAACACUGGUCUACGUUUUUUUGACAUCCGAUUUAACAAUGAACGAAUUGUUUAUGAAAUUGGUACUCAAGAGGCAAUUGCAGUCUAUGGCUCUAAUGCACCAGGUGGAAUGAUCACCAGAUACCUUGAUGGCAGUUUUGGUAUUGGAAGGUUCUCCUUUGAGUUAGUAAGAGGUGUUGAUUGUCCUUAUCUGGCUACUUAUGUUGACACUCAUUAUCUAAUGGAAUCUGAGACUCCUGAAACAACGAAAAAGUCCAUAUGCAUUUUUGAACAUAAUACUGGAAUGCCUCUUCGUCGACACUAUUCUAAUAUGCACUCAAUGUAUUAUGGAGGUCUGACCAACAGUGUUCUGGUUGUCCGAGCUGUAUCAACUCUUAUUAACUACGAUUAUGUAUGGGAUUUUAUAUUCUAUCAAAAUGGAGUUAUUGAAGCCAAGAUAUACGCCACUGGAUAUAUCAGUUCCUCGUUCUACUUUGCUGAUGGGAAAGAUUAUGGCUCAAGGGUUGGUGAACAUACAUUGGGAACACUUCACACGCACUUUAUCAAUUACAAAGUGGAUAUUGAUGUUGGAGGCAUCGCUAAUUCAGUUAUGACUCAGGAUAUGCAGUUUAAUCCUUUAAACAUCCCGUGGCAGACAGACGUCAAGAUACAGAGGCCAAAGGUGGUACGGAAUAUGUUGGAGACUGAAAAUAAAGCUGCAUUUGAGCAGAAUGCCAAGAUGCCUCGGUAUAUCCACAUUGCCAGUAAUUCCACAAAUAAAUGGGGUCACCCUCGUUCCUACAGAAUCCAGAUAGUCAGCUUUGCCGGAGAACCUUUGCCAAAAGAAAGUCCUAUGGAGAAUGCAAUGGGAUGGGCCAGGUACAAGCUAGCAGUGACCAAGCGUAAAGAAGACGAACCUGAGAGCAGUUCCAUUUUUAAUCAAAAUGAUCCUUGGACUCCUAGUGUAACGUUCUCCAAAUUCAUAAAUGAUGAGAAUAUUCAAGAUCAGGAUUUGGUUGCCUGGAUUACAGUUGGAUUUCUUCAUAUACCCCCACUCGGAGGACCUCCCAAACACUGCCACUCCAGGAAACGGUGUUGGGUUCUUCCUUAGACCCUACAACUAUUUUGACAUUGAUCCUUCUAUCUAUUCUCCAGAUGGGGUUUAUUUCCAAAGUGCACAGGAUUACAGUUCGUGUGAUGUUAACCAAAUAGCGUGCAUGUCCAAAACAGGGUCUUGUGUUCCCAAGAUCCCUCCUUUCACUUAUGAAGGCUUUAAGAAUCUUGUGAAUUUAUAA